UGCACUGAGCCAACCACUGGCCUUCGCCAAGAUGGCUACCCCCAUGCACCGGCUGAUCGCUCGCAGGCAGGCUGAAGCAAAUAAGCAGAAUGUGCGUUGUCAGAAGUGCCUCGAGAUUGGACACUGGAGCUAUGAAUGCAGUGGGAAAAGGAAAUAUGUCUACAGACCUUCCCGAACAGCUGAACUAAAGAAAACCUUGAAAGAAAGAGAGGCAAGGAUGAUUAUAGGCCAAAGCAGUGGCAACAAUGUUCCAGACACAAAAGGAAAGAAAAAAAGAUCAAAAAGUGUUACAAGCUCCAGUAGUAACAGCAGCAGUAGCAGUAGCAGCAGCAGCUCUGAUACCGAAUCCUCUUCAGACAGUGAAGACUCCUCCAGCUCUUCUUCAUCUUCUGAGGAUAGCGACAAAAGCUCCUCAAGCUCCUCCUCUUCUCCGUCCUCCCAGAGCUCAACUUCCUCAUCUGAAUCUGACUCCGAAACCAGCAGUACCACCACCAGUAGCGAUGACAGCAGCAGCGACGAAGCCAGUAGUUCAGAAGAUGAGCCGCUCAGAAAGAAAAGAAAGAAAUAACGUUGGUAAAACAGUUUUGUCGCUGGAAAUCAUUUUCAAGAUCCCUGCAUCAGCAACAUUUUUUAUUCCAUCUAAAGAAUGAGAACUUGCAGACUAAGCGUAGGGAAAAUGGAUUUCUCACAUGCUGAAUGCAGUGUACAACAUUGACAUAUCUUUAAUCCACGUAGAUUUUAGACACUUUUUUUUUUUUUUUUUUUUUCUUCUUCUUCUUCGUAACACGGAUAAUGGAGGCGGAAACGCUGUUAUAUGCCGUGUUUUGUUUUGGUUUUUUUUGGGGCUCUAAAGGCCAUUUUCAAAGUAUGACGUCGUUACACAGACGUGGAUAAUAUCUGCCACACAUGGUGGGACUAUUUUAAUAUGUACAUAAGUUGUAUGUAUAAACUGUGAAAUGCUUCCUUUUUUGUCUUUCCAAAAUAUUAACAGGGUGUAAACUACAAAGCAAGGUUUAACCUCAUAUUUGAAGAGUCCUAUGACACAUUUAGUAUCGGAGAGGGAAUUAUUUUUUAUAGAGGACUAAUGAAAAAGAAAAAGGUUUAUUGUUGAGAGAGCCUAUUGUAUCAGAAUGGAUCGUUCAUUGAACGGGUUCUAUUUUUAUGGUUAGAGAAGCAAUUCCCAUGCUGUUGAAUGUGACUUUUUGGUGAGGAUUUUCUCUGUGAGAUUGAACAGAUCACAAACUGUUAUUUUAAUGUAGUUCCCCAAGUGCCAUGUUGUUGAAGGUCAAUGCAUAACCACACCUCUUGUUGCAGGCUCUUCCAGCACCAAAAGGGUUAAUGGUCUCCUUGUAAACUGUUCUGAAUCAGUAUAAACUGUGUGCCUUUUUUUACAUAUAAUUUGUCAUUGAAAGAAUGUGUAGCCUUAAAUGUGCAUAUUAUCAAAAUUACUUUGUACAAUCUUGCACCAAAAUUUAAUGUAAACUGACCAUUAUUAGCAUGUUGUGCAUUUUAGUGCUUUUUAUAAUUUUUAUUUG